AUGGGGCUCUUACUGAACUUUCUACUCCUGGGCCACCUAACGGUGGUAACCUAUGGCCAUCCCAUCCUGGAAGCAGCUGAGAGUGUCACAGGGCCUUGGAAAGGGGAUGUGAAUAUUCCCUGCACCUAUGGUCCUCUGCAAGGUUACACUCAAGUCUUGGUAAAGUGGUUGGUACAACGUGGUUCAGACCCAGUCACCAUCUUCCUACGUGACUCCUCUGGAGACCAUAUCCAGCAAGCAAAGUACCGGGGCCGCCUGCAUGUGAACCACGAGGUUCCAGGAGAUGUGUCCCUUCAACUGAAUAUCCUGGAGAUGGAUGACCAGAGCCACUACAUGUGUGAAGUCACUUGGCAUACCCUUGCUGGCAACGAAGUAGUGAGAGAUAAGAUCAUUGAGCUCCGCAUCCAGAAACUCUCUGUUUCCAAGCCCACAGUGACGACUGGCAGUGGCUACGGCUUCACAGUGCCCCAGGGAAUGAGGAUUAGCCUUCAAUGCCAGGCUCGGGGUUCUCCUCCUAUCAGUUAUGCUUGGUACAAGGAACAAAUUCAGGACCAGGAACCCAUCAAAGUAGCAGCCUUGAGUACCUUACUCUUCAAGCCUGCAGAGGUGGCCAACUCGGGCUCCUAUUUCUGUACUGCCAAGGGGCGGGUAGGCUCUGAGCAGCGCAGCGACAUUGUGAAGCUUGUGGUCAAAGACUCCUCAAAGCCACUCAAUGCCAAUACUGAGGCACCUACAACUAUGCAAUACCCUAUUGUCAUUGCAACAUCCACAGAGAACCCACCCUGGGGCUUGACCACUGAAGUGGAUGGCUACCUCGAGAAGACCAGUGCUGGGUCAGGAAAGGGCCUGCCUAUCUUUGCCAUCAUUCUCAUCAUCUCCCUGUGCUGUGUGGUGGUCUUCACCAUGGCUUAUAUCGUGCACUGCAGGAAGACAUCCCAACAGGAGCAUGUCUAUGAAGUGGCCAGGGUGCAUGCCAGGGAUGCCAAUGACUCUGGUGAAACCAUGAGGGUGGCCAUCUUUGCAAGUGGCUGCUCCACUGAAGAGCCAGCUUCCUGGACUCUGGACAACGACUACUCUGAGGACCCCUGCCUGGGCCAGGAGUACCAGAUCAUCGCCCAGAUCAACAGUGACUACGCUCGUUUGCUGCAUACAGUUCCCCCAGAUUAUGGGCUUCUGGCUACCGAUAGCAAGAGUGUCUGCUAAAAAUGCCUACUAGGCCAGGGUCUGCUGACAUAAUUGCCUAUUCAGCCCUUGCCUUCUGCAUGGCCCCCUUCCUUGCUACCUCUCUUCCUGGAUAACACAA